AUGACUUGGGAGACUAUCGCUGCUCAGAAACGCCAUGCCCUCAGGGCCUCGAUUCCCGCGGAGUGGGUGAUUCCUUCAGACAUUCUUCCCCCCGAUAGCCAAUUGGAUGUGACGAGCUUUCUUAAACAGUCUGGCUGGUUUACCAAGCAAGAACUGGAGAUUACCUCAACACCGGCAACCCAACUUCUCGUCAAUAUAGCGACUGGCUCGUGGACUUCGGAGGAGGUUACCCGGACAUUCUGCAAAGCUGCUGCUGCCGCUCACCAAUUGACCAACUGCCUGUCGGAAAUUCUAUUCGACAAAGCCAUCGCUCGCGCGCGCGAAUUGGACGAGUACCACAGAAAAACCGGCAGGACCAAAGGCCCCUUCCACGGUCUCCCAAUUUCAAUCAAGGAUAACUUCAAUAUUAUCGGCCAUGAUUCCACCGUUGGGUUUACCUCGCUGGUCAAUGAUCCAGCUACGUAUAACAGCACCUUGAUCGACUUGCUGCUUGACGCCGGUGCCGUGCUCUACGUGAAGACCAAUGUCCCCACUGCGAUGAUGAUCGCCGAGUCUGUCAAUAAUCUUUUUGGUCGUACGGUCAACCCGCGCAACCGUAAUCUGACUUCUGGCGGCUCUUCUGGGGGUGAAUCUGCUUUGAUUGCCUUCGGAGCCAGUCGACUGGGAGUGGGAACUGACAUUGGAGGUUCAUUGCGCAUCCCCGCUGCAUGCACGGGUAUAUUCACAAUCCGACCAUCCGCUGGGCGAUUCCCCAAUUUCCAGACUCGCUCUGGCCUCGCCGGCCAAGAAGCUGUAAACAGUGUGAACGGACCCUUGGCCUCUACUUUGUCCGAGGUCAUUCUCUGGGCCAAAACGGUCGUGGGCCAGCAGCCUUGGAUCCGAGAUCCAAAGUGCCUCCCCAUUCCUUGGAGGAACGUGACGCUUAAACGCACGCUCAAGAUUGCCGUGCUCUGGGAUGAUGGUAUAGUCAGCCCGACACCGCCAGUCGCCCGUGCCCUAAAGGAAACGGUUGACAAGCUGCGGAAGGCCGGCCACGAGAUAAUCGACUGGGAGCCAACCUGGCACCAGAACCUGCUGUCUAUAUUGUCGCGCAUGUUCAUUGCAGAUGGCGGCAAAUCUGUUGCCAAUCUUCUUGAGCCAACGGGAGAACCUUUCCGUCCCGAGAUGAAAGCUUACUCCGAGGCGGCGGAGCUGGGUGUUCACGCCAUGUGGCAACUGCAGCUAGAACGGAAUGGAGUGUGCAAGUCAUAUCUUGACCAGUGGAAUGACACUGGUAUUGACGCUAUACUUUGUCCUACAACACCCUAUAGCGGCGUUGAAAACGGCAAAUUCGCCUAUAUUGGAUAUACAGGCGUUUUCAAUGUCUUGGACUACCCAGCUGUCUCGUUCCCCUGCGGUGUGUAUGCCGACAAGACCGUCGACGAGACCUAUGCCGGCAACGAGCCACUGAGUGAAGUGGAUGCCCAGAUACGGAAUGACUAUAAUGCGAACAAUAUCCAUGGGAUGCCAGUUAGUUUGCAGCUAGUUGGCCGACGGCUAGAGGAGGAGAGCGCUUUGAUGAUGGCAGAAGUGGUUCUACAAACACUGGAAGAAUAA